AUGGCUGAAACUGAUGUGUGCGGUCAAUCACUACGUGAAAAUUCGGACGCAGAAAAAUACUCGCUGAACGCUUUUGCCAAAAUGAACAUUUUUCGAAAACGAGGUCAAUUAUGUGAUGUUGUUGUGAAGGUUGGUGGGAGAGUGUUUCCUGCGCAUCGUGUUGUGUUGGCUGCCUCCAGUGACUAUUUCGGUGCCAUGUUUUCGAAUGGAAUGGCGGAGUCUGCACAGCUGGAAAUCGAGCUCAAAUCCGUAUCGGCGGACGUCAUGGAGGCCCUUCUUGAUUUCGUCUAUACCGGGCAUGUUCGAGUUAGCAUGGAAAACGUGCAAGAGUUGCUCCCUGCUGCUAGUCUUGUACAAAUGGAAGGCGUCAAAUCUGUUUGCUCCGCGUUUCUUUUCGGUCAAGUUGAGGCUUCCAACGUUCUUGGGAUUCGACGGUUUGCGGAACUUCAUAGCUGUACAGAUCUUGAGAUUUUCGCAAAAAAUUAUGCUGCUCACAACUUUGAGACAGUCGUUGAAUUUGAAGAGUUUCUUUUAAUGAACGCUGAUGAACUCGUUGAGCUUCUUAGUCGGGAGGAUCUGCACAUUGAUUGCGAGGAGACUGCUUACAACGCUGUGAUCCGUUGGGUCUACUACGAUGAACCAAACAGAUCUGUUCACCUUCCUAAUCUUUUAAACUACGUACGUCUUGCGAUUAUGUCAGUUCGUUUCCUUACCGACGUCGUUGACAAUGAGCGCCUCAUUCGCCAAUCGCUGGAGUGUCGUGAUCUUGUGGACGAGGCGAAGCGAUUUCACCUCCGACCUGACUUACGUUCUCAAAUGCGCCAGCGCCGAUUCCACCAGCGUGAUGGAGGAGAUGAAUACUUAGUGGUUAUUGGUGGCUUCGGCUCUUAUCAAAGCCCCUCGGACUCUGUUGAAAUGUUCAAUCCUCGUACUCGCGAGUGGAGCGAAUUGCCUAAUCUACCGAUUAGCUAUCGCUAUGUAGCAGCCUGUUCUCUGGGUACUUGCGUCUACGUGAUCGGUGGUUUCGAUGGAGGCGAGCGGUUGAACACGGUGGGUCUGUUGGAUGUCGCUCAGCGCGAGGAUGGUUGGCGCUGGCUUGCGCCCAUGCACUACAAGCGAGGACUUUCAGCCGCCUGCACGCACAAAGGUUUGAUCUACGUAUGUGGCGGUUUUGAUGGGCAGACUCGCCUGCGAGCUCUGGAAGUGUAUCAUCCGAAAAUUGAUGAGUGGCGUGUGCUUGAGGAAAUGACCACUGCUCGUGAGGGUGCUGGUUUGGUAGUUGCAGACGACACUCUCUUUUGUCUUGGAGGCUAUGACGGGUUCCAAUUGCUCAACAGUAUGGAAGCCUUUGACCUGCGCCGAGGUACCUGGAGUCAAUGCAAGCCGAUGUACAUGCGUCGCUCGGGAGCGGGAUGCGCAGUAAUUGUAGACACGUUGUACGUUUGCGGCGGCUACGGUGGUCCCGAAGGUAGGGGACCCCUCCACCUCGAUACCGUGGAGGCCUACAACACGCGCUUGACCCAGUGGACUCUAGUAGCAAACAUGAAUGUUCCUCGCUGCUAUGUCGGCGCUUGUCAACUUGCUGGACGUGUCUAUGUGGCUGCGGGGUACAAUGGAAACCGCCUCCUAAAUACUGUGGAGUCCUUUGAUCCAAUCGACAACACCUGGACUUUAUACGAGGAGAGUCGGAUGCAUAAUGAGCGUUGCGAUACGGGCAUGUGUGUGGUUCGCUUCCUCUCUUGUGCAGAACCACCCACAGGCAGUGGCAACUCAUUGACUGCCUCCCUGAGUCAGCCUCGCACAAUGCCAUACACUCACCGAUCUCGUAGUGUUGCGGCGUCUGGCAAUGGCGACGGCAAUGUACAAACCCAGGUCGUGCAGAUUGUUACACCUCUAUUUCAAGGCCAUACUACCCGAAGCACCUUAUCAACACCAUUACCGCCCCCGUCGCCACCACAAUUACUGCAUCCUGCGGUAGGGAUAAGUCAUCAAGCCCAUGCCUUACCGCUGCGAAACCUUCCCGAAUCCACUGGUGCACCGCCUAUACCUGGUCAGAGAGUAAUGCCACUCAGGGAUGGUGUUCAUGAGCCCACACUCACCAGCGUGCAUAUGAGUAACAUUCGUGCAGAUGAGUCCUUUGCAGACGACGCAACUGAUGAAGGUGCCGAUGUGGAUGAUGGAGAUGAACCCUCGGAGCGAAAUGUUGCCCUGUCUACAGAUCUCCUAAAUGAAGAACUGGAAUCUCUAGCAGACCCUUCUGAAGUUGUUUCUGGGCUGCCCACCGUUGGCAUUGGUGGCAACAGUACUGGGACACCUGACAUUGAUCUAGCCUUCCAUCAUCCUGAUGGUGCUUCAGCAGAAGAAGGUGGAGUGGGUUUAAUGCUUUUGCAAUCAUCAUCAUCAGAAAUGGGUGGAGAGCGACUGGAAGAAGAGGAGGAGGAGGACUCUGAUGAGGAGGCUGUGUCAUCAUCGCCACCACAACCUCUGAGCACUCCUCCUCCUGGACUCGGAUUAAUUCUAGAGGGUAUAGACGCCCAUCUUCAGCAUCGCAUGGCCUUUCUCCGUGGCAGAGAGUCCUCGGGUUCCCAGGACUCUCUGCUAGUGGAAGUUAAUCGGUCUCAUGAGGCUCUGGAGGAGUCGCGUGCACCCUUCAACAUUGAUGGCGAAACUGACCCCCAGCGACUGGGAAGGCCACCAUCACCUUCUGCUGUGCCAUCGUCGUCCACAGACAGUCUGCUUUGGAUGAAUCGUCAUCAGCAGCGGCAUUCCACAUCUUCUACAUCUUCAUCCUCCUCUCCCCAAGUGCAAAUGACCGCAUGUAGCCAUUCUGGUGGUGGCGGUAGUGUGGGUGGCGAGGACUCGAGAUCAGACGGAGAGGGCGAGGAAGGAGAGAGUGAACCUACGAUGAGCACAAAUGGGGUGGCACCAGUAACUGGGGGCGUUGAAGAACCUACCCGAACUACCACAAACGCCUCCUCCCCCGUAAGCCCUUCCACGCCUACGCCGAACAACUCAGUAUCUGGAGAUUGUGGUGAUGGUGAUACCUGA